GAGAGCGUUGUGUCGUUUGAACGGGGAGCGGGAGCGGAAGUCUAUCGUGAGCUGUCCCGGCUGUUGUUGAAAACGGAAUAAAGACUGUUAUAUUUCAUCCCGUAACUAAAUCAACUAGCUAAAAAAUGCUUUAGAUGAUAAAAAAAAAAAUGUGAUAACGGACACAGACGGAGUUAAUGUUUUGAGUUCGACUAAAGAUGAACCGAGCAGGCCGACCGUUGUUCAUGAAGACAUACGGCAAACAGAACCGGAAGUUGGAGGCCUGGAUCUCCCCUGACAACCGGAAACAGGUUUUCGCCAGCACCUCUUCCUCUGACCUCUCCGUCGCCGAGCCCUCCAGCCCCAAACCCCCGGCCAGGAGAGGGAGAAAGAGAAGUACAGCGGAUGGCAGCAGAGCGAUGCGGCCAGCUAAAACGAAAACCCUGUCCUGGACAGCAGAUGGCAGUAGAGCGACGCGGCCAGCCAAGACCAAAGCCCUGUCCUGUCUGAGAGAGACGGACAGUGAUGAAGAGAACGUCUUCAUCGUCCCUCCUCCUCUUCCUCACACCCAGACCCAGCAGCAGAGCAGCAACACUGCCAGGAAGCCAGUGUUGAGGUGUGCUGGUAGGAAGGCCCAGCGUGUCGUGAGCACCAGUGAGAGUGAUGGAGAGACGGCCACCUCCAGGCAACAGAACCCCAAACGCCCCAAACACACCACCGCUAGAGCCAAGACACGCACACAUCCCUCUCCAGUGUUGGCUCCAGGGAGGUUUGUGACCCAUCGUAAGGGAGCAGAAACCGCCAAACACAAAGCCCCCAAGAGGAAACUCAGCGUUCUGCUGGCCCAGCUCAGCCUCAACUCCUCUGAUGACUUCGUUCAGGGUGGAGGACGAGGAGGAGGAGUGGCCCAGCGUGCCUUCCCUCGCCAUGCCACACAGGGGCGCCGCCGUGCCCUGGCCAGCGCUGACAGCUCAUUGGCUGAUCUGGGGAACAGCGGUGUAACCAACAGUAAAGGUUUCCCGAGAGAUAUCUCUCUGAAUGAAUCGUCCGAUCGCUCCUCGGGACCCUGCCACAGGAAACCUCUCUUCUCCUCCACCCCCAGCUCACGCUCCCUCCCUCCUCCACACCUCCUCCAUCCCUCCAUCUCUCCCUCCACCAGUGGCAUCAUCUCUCUGAGCACCACCCAGGAGGAGCUGGAUGUUCCAGAGGACCCCCUCCGUCCCUCUCUGUCUGCCUCACUCGCAGAGCCCCGUCCUGGGCUACGCCAGCUGUCACCCUUGGGACAGGCAUCGAGACAACCAGAGGUAGGAAACUGUGAAGAGCCAACUCGCCGUGGAUCAACCAGUCUGAGGAGUAGCAGUAGCCGGAAUGGAGGCUCAGUGAUCCAAGAUGGCGUCGGUGAUCAGCUGAGCCUGGAUCUGUUCUCUGUGGUUUCCUGUGAGCAGACUGGCCCAGACGGGGCCGGGGAGGAAACUGAGAGCGGCAGCCAUUUUGUGUCAGCAACAGUGGGACAGGAUUGGCUGGUUGAGGUAGUGAAGGAGAGGUGUCUGACACGCUGCUGUGUCGUACGGCUAGAGAGAGUGGACAAACCUCACGGCGACACCGCGUACUCAUCCUGCAUCGACCAUACACGGUCACACAACAGUGGGGGAUCUGUUGACCACACGCGGUCGGUGACUGGUGGUCAGUCCAUCGACCACUCAGAGAUCUGUGAUCCCUCCGGAGACCACACGGGGUCAGUGAAUGACAGUCAGUCUGGAGACCACAUACUCAACACCGAUCAGUCCGAUGUCCAGAUUCUCCCAGUGAAUGACGGUCAGUCUGCAGACCGUGCAGGCAACAGCGGUCGGUCUCUGGACUGUACAGUCUCUAUCAGCCAGACCAAUGAGGAGCCUGUCGGUCUGGAGGUCAGGGCGAAGCAGAGAUGUCUGACCACACACUGUCAGGUACAGCUGCAGAGGCUGACCGUAACCCGACCACACGGAGAGACCAGCCUGACCGUAUCCCGACCACACGGAGAGACCAGCCUGACCGUAUCCCGACCACACGGAGAGACCAGCCUGACCGUAUCCCGACCACACGGAGAGACCAGCCUGACCGUAUCCCGACCACACGGAGAGACCAGCCUGACCGUAUCCCGACCACACGGAGAGACCAGCCUGACCGUAUCCCGACCACACGGAGAGACCAGCCUGACCGUAUCCCGACCACACGGAGAGACCAGCCUGACCGUAUCCCGACCACACGGAGAGACCAGCCUGACCGUAUCCCGACCACACGGAGAGACCAGCCUGACCGUAUCCCAACCACACGGAGAGACCAGCCUGACCGUAUCCCAACCACACAGAGAGACCAGCCUGACCGUAUCCCGACCACACAGAGAGACCAGCCUGACCGUAUCCCGACCACACAGAGAGACCAGCCUGACCGUAACCCGACCACACAGAGAGACCAGCCUGACCGUAACCCAACCACACAGAGAGACUGCAUACUCCUCUUCCCUCGACCACACACGGUCAGAUAGUGAUCAGUGUUUAAAAAGCGACCAGUCCGGUGACCACAACACGCGGUCGGACAGCGGUGCAGCAGAUGACCACGCGCGGUCAGAGAACGUUCACAAGGAAAAGGACAGCCUUGUCCCUAAAGACAACGUUCCCAAAAGAAGGAAGGCGGGAGGUAUUCUCAGAGAGAGCAAGCGGAGGAGUGUGUCUCGGGAGCGUCCCGCCACCAGUAGGAAGGCGGGUGUGAGCGGUGUGAGUGGGAAUCGCUGGGGAAGGAGAGACGGGGCCCCCAACAGCAGAGCAGCGCCUCCCCCUGGCCGAGCCGGGGACUGCAGCCUUACUGACCUGCUGUCUGCUCAACAAACACACAAGAUAUCCAGUCUAUCAGACAGUAUAGUAUUGGGGACUCCAGUGCGUAGUAACAGACUCCAUCUGUCCUCUCUGCUGGUCAACCUCACUCCUGAUACACACAGCUGGAGUCGCCUCAAAGCUGCCCUCUCCCUACACAGGAAGACCAAAGCGUUCCUGACUCCUAAGACGCUGCCUCUCUACCUGCUGUCCUCUCCUGGGGGGCGGAGCUGA